UAAGCUCUAAUAGUAUUCAGCCACUAUAAAAGUACUAAUUUAAUUGAGAUGGCUUCUAAAACUUGUUCCACUCUUGCUAUUUUCUUCAUAAUCAACCUCCUCUUUUUUUCACUUGUUUCAGCUUGUGGUUCUCACAAAUGCAAGCCUACACCAAAGCCAACUCCAACUCCUUCAAGUGGCUCAUGCCCACGUGAUACACUCAAAUUUGGUGUAUGUGCCAAUGUUCUAGGUGCAUUGUUGAAUAUAACAAUUGGUCAACCACCAGUGACCCCUUGUUGUUCCCUCCUAAAUGGCCUUGUUGAUCUUGAGGCUGCAGCAUGUCUUUGCACUGCCCUUAAAGCUAACAUUUUGGGCAUUAUACAUGUUGACCUUCCAAUUUCACUUAGUUUGCUUCUCAAUGUUUGUUCAAGGAAAGUCCCACAUGAUUUCCAAUGUGCCUAUUAA